AUGUCUAACGCUACGGUCACGCCGCAAGCGCGUGCUCAUGGCUGGAAUGUCCAUUUUUUGGCUGGCACAGAUGACUUUGCUGGCCUUUUCCUCCCUCCCGCCUCGGACACGUUGUCCUUUCGCGACAUUAUCGAUGAGCUACGGCUGUGUUUCGAGCUUCCUCACGACCCUAGGACACAAGACUCGACUGAUCCUUGGAGAAAUAUUGCAUUUUACCACAUCGGGUUUGUCAACGUCGGCCCCGAGCAGUCUUCGCAACCGCCUCCGAUAUUUGUUUGGGGACAUCAUCUCGACCUGCCGGUCUCUGCGCCGGCGGGACAACCCUUGUUUACAGUGCAGCCAUGGUCCCGCUAUCAAGUUGUUCGACAUAAAGAGUGUGACCUUGCAAAUUCAGAGCUUUUGGAGGCGCACAUACAAGCUGGCUGCGCGACGCACAUCCCUUAUCCAUCUCUCCGACAGGAUAGUCGAUACCUUCCCCCAAACAAAGGAUCGAGAGAUCCAAACUUUGCCCAACUACCAUAUCGCAAAACAAUACGACCCCGAGGAUCAUCGUCGCCAUCAAAGCGUUCCGCUUCGGGAUCCGUAUCUCCGACGAAAGAUGAUACGGCAAGCUCGCGAGCUUUCGCUAGUGAUGAUGACACUACCAGUCUCGCUAUCCCCUAUAUAUUGACGGGAAUGUCGGCUGAAGUUGUACGCAAAACUAUAUUAAACUUUCGCACUUCAUGUCUUGUCGAGAGCAAUACGUGUGCUGUUAGCGGCAAAGGACGCGGAUGGUGUGCCAAUCCAGCAAUCGGGCCAGGCGUGCAAGCAUGCCAUAUCGUCCCUCAGCAACACUACCAUAUAUAUCCUCUGCCUGAACCGUUCAGCAGUGAGGGUAGAUAUAGUCAUGGCCGCCUUAGUGAGGCUUGGCGCCGCACAUGGUCAGCUAAAAAUGGCAUAUUGCUCUCAAAGACUCUGCAUGAGUUGUUCGACCUCCGGCUGUUCUCCAUCCAUCCGGAUACAUUGCGAGUCCGCAUCUUCGUUCCAUACGACAUGCUGGAAGAGUAUCACGGUCGCCCUGCCCAACUACCACCAAACGUGGAUCGUAAAGCCUUGCGCCAUCAUUACGAAAUGUGCUGUAUCGAAAACAUGGCCGCUGCAAUGCCCCUGGAGGAACAUUUGCCACCAUCUUAUACCGGAGCCAAUUCAAUUGCCUCGGGUUCAGCAUCGGUCCUGGGAUCUGACUCUCAUAUCACUAGCAUGUCGCCCAAGAGUGCCAGAGGACUGAUCGUUGAUGCGCAUACCGGAGACCCUGUAAAACGGCGGUCGCGGCAAAGGCGGAAUAAUACAGACAACCCGGGUCUAGUCAACCCUGACUCUGCAUCAUUUUCAGCAAACGACGCGGAUGAACAAGCCAUGUCGGAAAGUGGCAAACGACACACAAUGGGAGGAAACAGCACCCGUCGCCGAAAACGGCGACGAAAUUCAGAUCGUGAAAAUAUGUACUGGGCCAAUGCGGCAGACAAUGAAAUGGUGGAUAAUAAUAUAAAUACGCACGUUUAUACACCUAUACCGUUCAGUAUUCAAAAGUUUCUUUCUGAGGUAUAA